UUCUCGGUGGAUAAGCGCGUUAAAACGGGAGCGAGAUUUAUUUGAAAUUAUAAUCUAACAUGAAACAGUUCCAAACUGCGUUUACAAUCAGGAAAUUUUUAAAAGUCAUUAAUCGUAUCACCAAGAUAUCACGGGCCAUCAUUAUUUACACAUUUUAGUUGUAAUUUAAAGAUAAGGAAUUUACACGAAGACCAGUGCCAAAAUCUGAUUACAACCGGUAGUUGAACGGAUUUUCCUGAAAAAAAGUAAAAGAAAAAAAAUCAAUUAAUAAACAUUGUAUAUAUUAAAUGAGGAUUAAUCUUGCUUUAUUGUCCAAAAAUAUUGAUUACAAGUGUUAAUGCAGCAUCUUCGGAAGGCUGAUGUGAUUUAUGUAGUCCGCCGAGUGGAUCCCCGCCUCUUAUUUUGACACACGCAAACCGGAAGCUUUAAUUCGCAUCGUGCAAACUGACGUAUUGUUUUUCUUCAACGGAAAGAUGGAUGUGGGGGGGGGGGGUGAGAUCGAUUUGUAUUUUUUCCUCAAGUUAAUUUAUCAGAACCUUCUUUGACCCCUUGAGCGUUGAAUUUAAAAAUCGAAUUACGCUGGACCGCCUUCAUCGCAAAUGCCAAACUCGUGACGACUCAAGCAGAACCUUUUGUCUGCCAGCUCAUCGUCGUCGUCGUCGUCGUCGUCAUGGACAUGUACGGAUUCGGCGGUCCGAUGCCGGUGAGGAGAUUGUCCGACGCGGGAGAGCUGCAGGUGAGCAACAUGAGCGACAUCGACAAGGCCACCCCGCACGGAUGCGACGACGGCGCCCUGACGGACCGCUUCGGGGUUCUCAUCCAGGGACUUUUGGCCUUCGUCGCCUUCAGCACGCUCAUGUUGAAACGCUUCCGGGAACCGGCAGGGAUCCGUCGACCUUGGAGGAUGUGGUUUUUCGACACUUCCAAGCAGGCCAUCGGCGCUCUCUUCAUCCACUUCGCCAACAUCUUUCUGUCCACGCUCACCAAAGAGGACCCUUGCUCGCUGUACCUGAUGAAUUUCCUGCUGGACGCUACGGUGGGCAUGCUGGUCAUCUGGCUGGCCGUCAAAGUGGUGUCGCGGGUGGUGGAGUACAAGCAGUGGACGCCGCUCACGUUUGGCGAGUACGGCGACCCCCCGCAGGCGGCGGCGUGGCUGGGUCAGUGCGGCACGUACCUGCUCAUCAUGGUUCUGGAGAAAGGCGUCAUCAGCCUGGUGCUGCUCGUGCCGGGCUGGUCCAAACUCCAAGAAGUUCUGCUGGGCUACAUUUCAAACCCUCAACUGGAGCUGGUGCUGGUCAUGCUCAUCGUGCCGUUCGUCGUCAACUCGGUCAUGUUCUGGGUGGUGGACAGCCUGACCAUGAGGAAGCUGAAGAACACGAAGAGCCUGGACGACUCGUGCGAAGUCACGCCCGAGAAGGCCGACGCGUCGCCCUGGACGGUCGAUGACGAGUCGCAGGUUCUGCUGAGGGCGGAGACGGACACGGACGAGGCGUCCCAAGGUGAAGAAGAACCGGGCGACGGCGUCCUGCCUCCCGUGCAGUACUCGGGAGCGCAAGUCCGGCCCAGCUGGGUGAUGGUUUGAGGCCGCCAAGCGUCGAGAGAGAUCGGUCGCCGCGGGCGUUCGCCUAAUUUGUGCGGGACAAACGUGAUGAAGGGAAAAGCGCACUUGAAGGCAUCUGCACUUGGGAAAAAAAAAAAAGGAUUUCUUCUUCCGCCCCCUCCCAGGCCGGGGAAUUUUUUUUUUUUUUUUUGAGGGGGGGGGGGAGCAAGCGCUGCUUUGAAUCCACCUUUUGAUGGAAGGGGGCCAUCGUUCUGGCAAGCGACUUCCGAACAACUUCAGAGAAAAGACCAAACGUUUUUUUUUUUCCUUUCCAAGAGUAAAAGUACGCGUGUGGACUUGUUUCACGUCAGCUGUGUGAAAUUAUGUUUUUGUCGAAAUCGGAAUACUUUCCCACAUUUCGUGAUGUUCAUUAGUAUCUGAUUUUUUUUACUUCAGUUUUUUUUCUUUUUUUUAAUGAACAAAAGAUGUAUUGUUUUUUUUUUUUUUUUUUAAAUGGCAGAAACAUGCUUCCACCAAAGUCAUGUUUCCGGAAAAGUCCAGUUUUUGGCAAAUAUGUAUUUCGUCAAAGCGAAUGUUAGCUUAGCUUCACACAAGUACAAAAACCCAUUCGUCUGCGAGCCACUCAACAGUAGCUCGGCUUGCUUUAAAUGCACACUAAGCUAAGCUAACAUUCCAAAUUUGACUUAUGACUUGAUAUUUAUUGUAUCUUGUAGUUAUUCACGUUAUGUGAAGUUGGCUUUUUAUAUGACAGUUAUGAACCUUUAAAACUUGAACUGUACACAUCUUUGUAAUCACUGUUGUUCAGUUGGAGCAAAUAUGUCAUUUUAUUGUCUUCUUUUUUUUUUUCUAUGCUAUCUGAUCUCUGGGAGUGGUCACCACGGUGCUCCUUACAGAAUAUAUUUUGUUGAUCUG